CGCAUUUACAUAAGACGAGAAUCUUUCAGAGCAUCGAGUUCGCUCUUAGAGGAAACUAAAAUGGUGUCCAUGUGCAACCAGAUGCUAGGCUUUAGCCUGGGCGUCAUUGGGUUCUUGGGGGUCAUCAUUGUCUGUGCUCUUCCCAUGUGGAAGGUUACAGCGUUCAUCGGAGCCAACAUUGUGACAGCGCAGAUAAUCUGGGAGGGAUUGUGGAUGACCUGUGUUAUGCAGAGCACAGGCCAGAUGCAGUGUAAAAUCUACGACUCUAUGUUGGCUCUACCCCAGGAUCUGCAGGCUGCCCGAGCUCUGGUCAUCAUCUCCAUCAUCGUCUGCCUGUUCGCGCUGCUUCUGGGAAUUGUUGGAGGCAAAUGCACCAACUUUGUGGAGAACGAGGCCUCUAAGAUUAAGGUGGCCAUCAUCAGUGGUAUCACCUUCAUCAUUGCUGGAGUCCUGGUCCUUAUCCCAGUCUGCUGGUCCACCAACACCAUCGUUCGGGAUUUCUACAAUCCAGUCCUCACGUCUGCUCAGAAGAGAGAGCUCGUGGAAAUGGCUUCGAUGGGAAUGCAGAUGCUGGCAUGCACGCUGGCUAUAAUCGGCUACAUCGGGUUGAUCAUUGUCUGUGCCCUGCCCAUGUGGCGGGUCACUGCCUUCAUCGGAAACAACAUUGUGACGGCCCAGAUCUACUGGGAGGGCAUCUGGAUGAGCUGCGUGGUUCAGAGCACAGGUCAGAUGCAAUGCAAGGUCUACGAUUCCAUGCUCGCUCUAACUUCGGACCUGCAGGCUGCCCGUGCACUGACGGUUGUUGCACUGGUGGUAGGGCUUGCAGGAGUAUUUAUGGCCUUUGCCGCCGGAAAGUGCACAAACUGUAUUCCUCCUGGAAAUGGCAAAAUAAGGGCAGCUGUGGCUGCUGGAGUUGUCCUUAUCAUUACAGGCAUCCUUUGCUUCAUUCCUGUGUCCUGGACAGCCAGCAGUAUCGUAAGAGAUUUCUACAACCCCUUACUGGUUGAUGCUCAAAAGCGUGAGCUGGGGGCUUCAUUGUACAUCGGGUGGGGAGCCGGACUUCUCCUGAUGCUAGGAGGAGGACUUCUCUGCAGUUCCUGCCCGUCACAGGAAGAUCAGGCACCAUCUAUCAAGUACCAGUCAGCCAAGUCAGCUGGGAAUAAUUCGAUGCACAGCUAUACCGCACCAUCACAGAGGUCUAUGACGCCACCUAAGACUUACAUCUAAAAGCUUGUGAAGGACUUUAUGCAUAUGACAAUGCACACAAUAAUAUUACAUCAAGUGUCUUUUUAAUUGUGAAGUCAUUUUAUACUAUUACAACUGUCCACUGUAGUUUUUAAUUUCUGUCCAUUUUCUCACUGUAUUAACUUUGUAUAUGUGCAUAUAUUGUAUGUAUUUCACUCAAUGUACUUUUUUUAGACGAACUCCCGUGACAAUUAAAAAAAAAAGUUAUUUUUAGUUUGGUUUCACUGUUUGUGUUUCAACUGAUACCACUUAUGCUGUACUUCAUCUAAUUACAUCAACAAAACCUGCUUAGCAACCUGUAUGGAACAUGUGAUAAGACACACCCAUGCCACUAGCCAUGUUAAGCUUUAAAAGUAAAUAAAUAAUCAGUUUUGGAAAAGCUUAAGUAUAGUCACUUAGUUUAAUCUGAACAGUUAUCAGGUAAACAACAGAACAGAUAAAAUAAUUAUUGCCAUUUUUGGUUACUGGAUGGUUAUUCGACUAAAAUAGUUGAGAUGAUCUUUGCUUUCAUUCUUUUGUUCAAGAGGAAGUUUUUAAAUGGCACCUUAUUGUGUGUGGGAGCUAAUGCAUUCAUUCGCAAAAAAUCUGGGCCUUCUAGUUAUAUAAUGAUAAAAGAAGGAUGACAUCAGCUAGCAUCAGUUUGGCAUUAAUCCAUUAUGUGCCUCAACACAUAAGCUUUCAACAGGGAUUAUAUCCAAACAAAUGUAAAUGACUUAGGAUGGUCAGGAUGUUGAUUUCUAUCUCUGAGGCUGGUUUUGCUACUUUUACAUGUAACCUUAAGCCAUGAACAAUAAUGACUAGUGUGUUGUAGGAUAACAAUCAACAAGACGAUUUGGUAGUGUGACAGGCAUAGCACUAGAAGUUGAUUAUUAUCCAGUGCAUCACAAUGUCUUUUAUUCAUGCACCUCUAUCACUGUCUGGUUUGAAGCAGCUACAAAACAGGCCAGGGACAGGAAUCUCUACAGACCCCUCACACCCCCGACACAACCUUUGUCACCUUCUCACCUUCUCCCCAAAACUGCCAGGCACAGGAACAGUUUCUUAUAAACAGUUAAACUGGACUAUAUGCAAUACGCUUUAAAAUGGACCAACAUGCUUUUUACAAAAUUUCUACACCCUUUUGUACAUUACUGUUAUUUUACACUAAUCAAACAUCUGGUACUAUAUAUUGUGUAAAAGCACCACCAUGCUUCCUAAAAACUCCUUGCCUCCUACUGCAUAUUUCUGCUACUCGCUAUUUGUACUUAUUAUCAUAUAUGUGAUGCCACUUGCACUACCUUGCACACUCACUUUAUGUACAGUUUAUGUACAACUGUAAUAUGCUUAAGAUCUUUAUUUAAUCUAUAAAGUUGUGCACUUACUGUCUAUAGUGUUUUGUCUACAACAUAUGUACAGUGUUUUAUGUUGGUCUGUAUUUUGAAAGCCACAAACAGCUGGAAUAUAAUUCCUUGGGUGUCAACAUACUUGGCGAAUAAAACCCAAUUCUGAUUCUAAUAUGUGGACGCAGUUUAAAGCAGUUGUUCUGAACCCUAGUAUUGGCGGACCCGCUGUUCUGCACAUAUCAGUGUUUUCCACAGUCAAUUCAAUUUAGAAAAAGGCUGUAAGC